AUGAAGGUGGUGGAAGGAGGAGAUUCACUGCCAAACAGGCAGCUCAUCUCUGUCUUGGCCUCAGAGCCAGAAUGGUGCCGUGGCACUCAUUGCUGUGGACACACAGACUGGGUGCGUGAGGUGCCAGAGGGCCAGAGCUGCAGGUUUGCGGGGAGCAGGCUGAGGAGGGGCACGGGCAGAGAUGGCUCGUCGGGGGCCGGGUGCCCCGGGUGUGCCCUUAGCUUCAGACAUGAGGAGAAAGCAGUGAGGAUCAGCACCAGCCCUUUGGACAACAGGCAACUCGGCAGAGGAUGUCCUAUCAAGAUGAAUAUGGCUCAUUCAAGAAUUUACUCUCUACUCAUCUUCUACCUCAGUUUUUUGCUGCUCAUCCAUUUAAAAAAAUCAUUUUGCACGAGGAAUGAUUCCAGGUGCCUGUCAAACUCUUGCCAAAAGAACUCUACAUGUGUUGCUGGUCAUAAAGAUGACCCUUGCCUUUGUGCAGAUGCAUCAGUGGAGGAGCUCUGCAACAAAACCUCCAACCCCUGCUCCUCUAACCCUUGUCUCCAAAACGCUACCUGCCUGGGCUCUGCCGGAAACCUCAGCUUUACCUGCAAGUGCCCCGCCGGGUACAAGGGCCCAAGCUGUGAAAGAGCUGACAGCGACUGUGACACCAACCCGUGUGAGCACGGAGGCACCUGCCAAAGCGGCCUGGCGGGGCCCACCUGCCUCUGCAGCGCCGGCUACACCGGCACGCUCUGCGAGAGGGACGUGGAUGAGUGCAUCUCCGAGCCGUGCCGCAACGGGGCCCUGUGCCGCGACGGCGUGGGCGAGUACUCCUGCUACUGCGUCCCAGGCUACCAGGGCAAGCACUGCGACCUGGAAGUGAACGAGUGCGCCUCAGACCCGUGCCUGAACGGGGCCACGUGCCUCAACCAGAUCGGGCACUACGACUGCAUCUGUUCCCUUGGCUACACGGGUACGAACUGUGAGGUGGAAAUCGAUGAGUGCUUGUCCCAGCCAUGCCUGAACGGGGGGACCUGCCACGAUUCCCUGGGGAGCUUCUCCUGCUCGUGCGCGCGGGGCUUCCUCGGGGACCUCUGCGGCACCGACAUCGACGAGUGCUCCAGCCAGCCCUGCCUGCACGGGGGACACUGCGCGGACGGGGCCAACGGGUACAGCUGCAACUGCACCGGGACUGGAUUUAUGGGCUCGCACUGCGAGACCCUCGUUCCCUUGUGUUGGUCACAACCAUGCUACAACAACGCCACUUGUGAGGACCACGCUGACAAUUACACGUGCCACUGUUGGCCAGGCUACGCGGGCCCCCGCUGCGAGGAGGACAUCGGCGAGUGCCGCAGCAGCCCCUGCCUCGCCGGCGGCGACUGCGUGGAGCGCUCCUGGGCCGGCCUCUACGGGCUCGUCCCGGGGCUGCCGCCGGCCUUCCGCUACGACCGGGCCGAGGGCUACAUCUGCCGCUGCCCGCCGGGCUUCGCCGGUACUCACUGUGAUGAAGACGUCAACGAAUGUUACACGAACCCUUGCCAAAACGGUGGGAUCUGUGAGAAUUUUCCUGGAAAUUACACUUGCCAUUGUCCGCCUGCAGACAAAGAAGGGAUUUUUUAUGGUGGCUGGAACUGUACAGAAGUUCUGCAUGGCUGUACUGAUCAUCAAUGCCAAAACAAUGGAAUAUGUAUCCCACAUCUAAAAAAUGGCCAACAUGGAUUCAGCUGCAUAUGUCCACCUGGGUAUACUGGAACACACUGUGAAACCAUAACGACAUUUUCUUUUCAAGGAAACAGUUUCCUUUUGUUGAAGAAUCCCCAGACCCAUAAAAAGGAUUUUUUCUAUAAUAUAAACCUGAGGUUUCAAACUGUGCAACCCACAGCUUUUCUGUUUCACCGAGGGGAGAAAAACACAUUUGCAAAGUUGGAAUUACUGAAUGGCUACUUACACUUAUCCGUGCAAGUCAAUAAUCAGCCACAGGCUCUUUUGCAUAUCCCACAUAAUGUCAGUGAUGGAGAAUGGCAUUCAGUGGAGGUAACCUUGGCAAGAGCUGUUAUUCUUAAUUUGCUUGACAGCUCUUGUGUAGAAUCCUGUCUCAAUAAAACGUCUGCUAAAAUAGAUAACGAGCCGGUGAUGUUUGCGUUUCAGAGCACAUUUUUGGGCGGCUUACCAGUGGGGAACAGCAACUCUCUACAGAACACCUUUAAUACACAUUCUGCACCUUCAUUUGUAGGCUGUCUUCAGGAUAUUGAGAUAGACUUGAAUGUUAUUACUCCAGAGAAUGUGUCAUCUGGGUCAUCUUUAAAUGUCAGGACAGGAUGUGCUAAAAAGGACUGGUGUGACCCCCACCCGUGCCAGAACAGGGGACGCUGCAUCAACCUGUGGCUGAGCUACCACUGCGACUGCUACCGGCCCUACACGGGGCCAGGCUGUGCAGCAGAGUACAUUCCAGGUCGGUUUGGAUCCGAGGACUCCUCAGGCUAUGCUGCUUUUCCUGUUGGUUCCACUCAGAAUGAGAACUUCAUCAUAUCAAUGUUUGUCCGAACACGCAAACCUUCCGGCUUGUUACUGGCUCUGAGAAAUAGCACUUCCCUCUACAUAAGAGUCUAUUUGGAAGGUGGGAAACUCACCAUGCUAGCUCUAAAUUCCAUGAAGUUAUUAGGGAAACACUCAGUGAACGAUGGAAACUUUUACUUAAUAACCUUAAAAAUAGAACCAAAUAAGAUGGAGUUAUUCCAGUCCUCUCACUACCUAGGCUUUAUUUCUACUCCAGCACUAACCAUCCAAAGUAAGGAUAUUCUUUACAUUGGAGGCCUACCAGAUAACAAAGAAACUGACAGAAAUGGCAGGUAUUUCAAAGGCUGUAUCCAAGAUGUAAGAGUGAAUAACCAGCCGCUGGAAUUCUUCCCCAUCACCAAUCCACCAAAUUCUCUUAUCAACCGAACACUGAUCAAUGUCACCCAAGGCUGCACUGGUGACAACCUCUGCAAGUCCAACCCUUGCCACAACGGUGGUGUGUGCUAUUCAAUCUGGGAUGACUUCACUUGCACGUGCCCCCCUAACACAGUGGGGAAGGCAUGUGAGGAAGUGAAGUGGUGUGAGCUUGGGCCCUGUCCUCAUGAAGCACAAUGCCAGCUGGUGCACCAAGGAUUUGAAUGUCUUGCUAACGCAGUGUUCAGCGGCCGGAGCAGCGCGAUAUUUUACAGAAGCAACGGGAAAAUCAGCAGAGACCUCACCAAUAUCAUCUUUGGCUUUCGAACCAGGGACACUGACGUGAUCCUGCUGUAUGCAGAGAGGGAGCCUGAGUUUGUCAUCAUCAGUAUCCACAACUCCAAACUCCUGUUUCAAUUACAAAGUGGCAACAGCUUCUACAGGCUGACCCUCACGAGUUCAGUGUCUGUGAGCGAUGGCAAAUGGCACCGAGUGAUGGUCUCCAUGGUGGAGCCCCUGUCCCAGUCCUCCAGGUGGCACAUGGAUAUAGACAACAAGAGAGACACGGCAACCAGCACAGCUGCUGCAGGAAGCCUCAACUUUUUAAGAGAAGAGACAGACAUCUAUGUGGCUGACAAGGCUUUUGACAGCCUGGAUGGCCUGCGAGGGUGCAUGAGCACCAUAGAAAUCAGUGGCAUUUAUCUCUCAUACUUUGAAAAUGCUGGCAUCCCUACUAAAAAACCUCAAGAGGAGCAAUUUCUCAAAAUAUCUGCAAACCCUGCUCUUACUGGCUGUUUGGAGGUAGAUUUCUGCAGCUCUGACCCCUGUAUGCAUGGGGGGAUAUGUGAAGACUUUUACACUUCGUACCGCUGUGUAUGUCCCGAUGGAUGGACUGGCACCUACUGUGAAGUCAACAUUGAUGAGUGCUCUUCAAACCCCUGCAUCCAUGGGAACUGCACAGAUGGGAUUGCCUCCUAUGAGUGCAGCUGUGAGCCUGGUUACAGCGGGGAGAACUGUGAGGAGGACAUAGAUGACUGCCAUGGCCACCAGUGCGUGAAUGGGGCCACUUGUGUUGAUGGGAUUGAUGGAUACUCCUGCCUGUGUGCUGCUAACUUCACAGGGAGGUUUUGCAGGUAUCGAAGAUUGCCUUACACAGUGUGUGGGAAUGAAGAGAGGAACCUCACGUGUUUCAACUACGGCAACUGCACCGACCUUGGCGGCGAGCUGAGCUGCAUGUGCCUGCCGGGCUUCGUGGGAGAACGGUGUGAGAAGGACAUUGAUGAGUGCAGCUCUGACCCAUGUCUGAAUGGGGGCCUCUGCCAGAACCUCCUCAACAAGUUCCACUGCCUGUGCGAUGUGAACUUUGCCGGCGACCGCUGUGAGAUCGAUCUGGCAGCUGACCUGGUCUCGAGCGUGUUCACGGCCAUCGGCGCGGUGACGCUGGCCCUGCUGCUGCUGCUGUCCUUGGCCAUGGCGCUCUCCGCCGUCACCGCCAACAAACGCGCCACACAGGGCACCUACAGCCCCAGCCGCCAGGAGAAGGAGGGCUCCCGGGUGGAGAUGUGGAACAUGCUGCAGCCACCACCCAUGGAAAGACUGAUCUAGAAGAAAGCAAAGCCACUCCUCCAUCCUCAGACAUGGCUGAAAGGGGACACUGUACAUAUGUUAGAUAUAUUCAUUUCCGUUCUGAUAAACAUUACAAUGAUUUUUUUUUCACUGCUUUCCUUUUAAGUUCAGUAGUGAACCAAUGACAUUUAUCAUUGCUUUGGACCAGCCCAUCCAAGGACAAUUUUUUUUUUUUUUUUUCCACUGGAAACUCCAGCCUUGAUAAUCAGCAGUAGGCAUUACAGACAGUAAUGGCUCCUGGGAUAAAUGUAACUGCCUGUCCUGAACACCGCAGGGAUAACAGCUCCUCCUCUGCUCUCUCCUUUGGCUGACUAGCAAUCACUGCUGCAGAAGAUGAUGCAGACAAAUCAACUAAGCCUGUACAAUAAAGACAUUGUAAUUCUCUUAUCAAAGGGUUUAGUACUAGAGCUGUGUCUCAGUGUAUAUUCUUUCAUCUGUUAAUCAGGGAUUAAAAGGAAGCUGUGUGAAAACUCUCCAAAAUAAAUGCUUCAAACUUG